AUGGCGUCCGAUCCAUCUCAACCCUUGCUGGGAGACAACUCGGAGCGAGUAGAGCGACAGCAACCACAGCGUUCAGAUAAAUCAUCUUCCUCUCCCCCCUCGGCUGGCCUUAUACUUCCUACUCGGCUUAGGGGGGCCCCUUUUCUAGGGAAACGUAUCCCGAGCUGGGCUCGGGGCAGAGACGGCGAAGAAGGCGGCCAUCACCAGGAGGACUAUCACUACGGUUACUAUCGUGUAGAGCCACGCGGCAUCAUUCCUCGUACAAGAGCCAAGACCCGGUCGGCUCUCUCGUCUAAAUGGGGCCACUAUUCCAUUUUAUUCCUGGUCGCUGUUGAUGUCGCCUGCAUCUUCGCCAAUUUCUUGAUCGAGCUGCAUACGUGCGGGCUGCGUGAGCGACAUCAGAAUGUCGACCGACAAUGGGAUAUUGCGCAAGAAGCUUUGGAACUGGUUGGAUUGAUUUUUUCGUGUCUUUUCAUGGUGGAGUUGAUUGCCUCUGUGCUCAGUUUUGGAUUGAACUAUUUCAAGUCAAAGUUUCAUACCUUUGAUGCCGCUGUUAUUGUGCUUGCAUUUGUCAUGGACGUUGCAUUGAGGGGUGUCGUCGAAGAGCUGGGCUCCCUCGUCGUCGCCCUGCGUUUGUGGCGAGUUUUUAAGAUCAUUGAGGAGAUGGGUGAGGUCAGCGCUGAGAUGAUGGAAAGAUAUGAAGACGAGCUGGACAUUUUGAAGCGCGAGAACUUGAAAUUGAGGAGGAAACUGAGGGGAUACGGGGCCAGUGAAGAGGACGACGACAUUGAGGCACAUGCUGGGGGAGACGAGGAAGACAACAACGAAUAA